AUGGCCGUCACCUCCCUCCGUCCGUCCAGCUCCCGAUCGCGACGGUCCGGCGACAGCAGCAUCAUCAGCCUCCGCUACGAAAAGACGGUCCAGGCAGAGCCGCCCAUCCCGCUGCCGCCCAGGAGCGCCUCCCGCAACACCAUCCGCACGCUGUCGAUUCGAUCGUCGGCGUCCUCUCCUUGCCCUUCGCCGUCGCCCUCUCUGUACGCCCUCUCCCUGUACUCGCCCAACCUCGUCGUGGUCGUGCCGCCGCAGCUCUCCCUGCCAUCCAUCCCGCCACCCGCUGAGCAGCACCCAGCCCUGAGGGCGCCCACGCCUGUCCGGCAGGCAAAGCUCGUCCGUGAGACCUGGAAGAGAGAUUCUGGCCACGCCCCGACGCCCACCUCGGCAGCCACCAUUUACGAAGAGGACUGCGAGGAGGAGGACGAGGGCAGGCAAGGCAGCAAGCAGGGCGGCAAGUCAGACGGCAAGCGGCUGGCAGACGACAGCAGCUCCUCUGCCGGCAGCAACAAGCGCUGGGGCCCUAGCCCGAGCAAAGUCGACGUCGUCGCACGGCAUCGCGUCUCACAAGCUCACCCUCAGCCCGAAGCAGCUGUCGGCCAAGUGCCCGCUGGCCGGCAGAGCUCGCCAACAAGUGAGACAGCCGUCGGCCAGCCAGCCGCGUCGGGCGCAGCGUCAUUUCCUUCCCUCGCCAAACUCUAUCCUGCCGCCGUCGCACCGAGUCGCUCACAACCUCUUCCACUCUGCCAGCCCCCGCCGCCGCCGCCCUCGCAAUCUCCUUCAUCUCCUCCUCCUCGGCCGCAGUCGCAGUCGCCGCCCCCUCCGUUGUCGCCAGCCUCGCCCAAGAGACACAGCAUCUUCAAGCGCCUUAGCGUCUGCUCCUCUGCAUCGGCAAAGGGGAAAUUAGCAGCCCUGCAGGCCCUGGCCCUCGACGAGGGAUCGACUGCCGCGAACGCGCCAAUGCAGCCCCUGAUGCGGGGCUCGCAGCCAGCCUCCACUCAAAAGCAGCCACUGCGGUCGCCGAUUGCACAAACGUCGUCUCUCCUGCCGUCACAGGCCCCUUCAGCCUCUCGCGACGCAGUUUCUCCGGCCGACAUCGACGACGACCGCGCAGACGACCGAGACGACGGCGACGACCACGACGGCUUUGCGCCCCUGGGCAUCUGCAUCCCGAACCACAGCCUGCUCGAGGAUGAUUUUAUGGCCACGCUGUCCUUCUCGAACCGCGGCAGCAUCAUGUUCGGGGGGCGACGCGCCGCCGGAGCGCUGGGCCUCGACGGGACCAACGACGUCGGCAGAGGCAAUGUCUCUGCCCCUUCCACGCCCACCCGCAGCCAUGCACGAUCCAGCAGCACCAGCAUCGAUCGCAUCGAGUCCUUGGCCGCUAUCGCUGCCUCUGCUUCUGCCUCCGCCUCCGCCUCCAACCCCAGCCUCGUGCCCCGCGCUCAACCGCCGCCCGACAUCCGCCUUUUAGCAUCCGACGUCGACAAGGAGUCUCAAAAGGUGAGAUCGCUCUACGGGGUUGGCGAUGCCAUCAAUUGGGAGGAUGGCGCGAGGCGCUCGUACUGCGAACCCUUGGAGCCUACCCCAGAGGUCCCGGCAGAGGACGAUGGGAAUGACUCCAUCCUCCCACCGCCUGUCCCUACCUGGGGGACUCCGCGAUCUGUCCGGUCGACGAGCUCUUCGGUGCAUCUUGACUACAGACGGGAGACGGAGCUCGCGGGCGGCUUGGAGGACUGGGAAGAUGUGGACGGCGCCAAUGUGGACCGAUAUGGCUUCAUCACCGCGCCCCGAUCACGACUCGGCACCCCGACUGAGAUGAAGUCGGCCCAGUUCUCGCCCCGACGAAGACUACAGAAGAGAGAGACGGCCGGGCUAUCGCCUCUGGGGCCCAGCAGGAAGAUGUCGGCGAGGUCGCUCAACACGCAGGCCUCGGAGCUGUCCACGGCCUCGAAGCGCUCGUCGCGAUCCGUUAUUCGACAGGCCAGCAACCUGCUGCCCCAUAACCGCGACCGGCGAUGGCUGGAUGAAGCCGGCGACAUGCUCACGCUUCCGCCCAGCCUCCAAGAUGCCGCCGAGGAAGCGCAGAUUGAGAGGAUCUCGGAAGCGCUGAAGCGCAAGGAGUGGGAGAGAUCGGAGAAGUGGCGCAAGAUGGCCAAGGUCGUCCGCAAGGGCGGCCAGGGCGAGGGCAUGGAGUUUGAGUUUGACAGGAAGAACCCUAAGCUCAUUGAGCGGACGUGGAAAGGCAUUCCCGACCGCUGGCGCGCCGCCGCCUGGUGGUCCUUCAUGGCCGGCUCCGCCGCGGACCACGGGGGCUAUCCCACGGAGGAGCAGAUUGUCGCCUCGUUUCACCGGCUGCUGGAGCAGAGCUCGCCGGACGACGUGCAGAUCGAUCUCGACGUGCCGCGGACCAUCAGCCGACACAUUAUGUUUCGCAAACGGUAUCGGGGCGGCCAACGGCUGCUGUUUCGCGUCCUGCACUGCCUUUCCAUUUACUUCCCGGCGACGGGCUACGUCCAGGGCAUGGCGUCCUUGGCGGCCACGCUGCUCUGCUACUUUGACGAGGAGAAAUGCUUCGUCAUGCUGGUGCGCCUGUGGCAGCUACGGGGGCUCGAUCGCUUGUAUCGCCCAGGCUUUGAGGGCCUGAUGAAGGCACUGCAAGAGUUUAACGAGACUUGGCUGAAUAAGGACGUGGCCAAGAGGCUGAUCGAGCUCGGCGUAGAUAUAACAGCCUACGGCACUCGGUGGUACCUCACCCUCUUCAACCUCUCCAUCCCCUUCCCGGCCCAGCUGCGCGUCUGGGACGUCUUCCUCCUGCUGGGAGACAGCGCCGCGGAACCCAACAGGCCUCUCAGUGCCCCCGACGCCGAAGCAAGCCCGGCCACCGGACUCGACAUCCUGCACGCCACGAGCGCUGCCUUGAUCCAGGCCCUUCGCGAGGUGCUGCUGGACUCUGAUUUUGAAAACGCAAUGAAGGCCUUGACGUCAUGGAUUCCCAUCAAGGAUGAGGAUCUGUUGAUGAAGGUGACCAAAGCGGAGUGGAAGUCACACCAAGGCAAGAAGAAGACGUAG